CCAUUUAACCUAAAAAUAUCGCAACUUCCACCGUGGCAUUUGGUGACGUGAUCGAAACAAAACAUUCUCCUCUCCGUCUCGCCUCUCUCCUACCGUUUCUGUUACGUUCGAUCACUCACCCAUUCACUUUGUAUUGUUGUCUGCCAUACAACUAAGCAGAGGUGCUCUACUCUCCUCGCAUAAAGUCUCUUUUAAUCACCCAAAAUGUGGAGAAGUUAGGGUUUAAUGAGAUAUCAUGGAAUGGAUUUGCUGGAGAUGAGAAAUUAGGGUUUUGAAGAGUUCAUUCCUUACUGUGGGAAAGGGCAGAAGGAUUUGGGGUAUUUUGGAUUGGUAUCUCUUUGAUGGAGAAUACAGAGAGGAAGUUAGGGCAUUGGGAGGGCCUUCUAGAAGGAAGAAAAAGGGUAAGAAGUGAGGAUUUUUGGGUGGUUUGAAGCGAAAUUGGAUGGUUCAGGUCUGAAAUCCCCUGGAGAAUGUACGGGAUAAACGCAAGAAGGAUAAGAGAUUAGAGUGUGGGAUCGGUGCAUUCAAAGAAUAAUAGAACAAGAAGCAUUAGUCGGAGUUUUCUAAAGAAAAUUUAGGGGUUUGCAUGGUUCCCGAGUUCCUCUUGAAGAAUAAUAAUAAGGAUAGGGUUUUGGAUGGUUCCCACGACCUGAAUUGCCUUCAAGAACCGAAGGAAGGAGGAGGAAAAGUCGAAAGUUUGGGUUUCGUUUUCUGGUCAGCUUGCCAUGGAGGACAAGCAGCAGCAACAGAGCAUCCAGGAUCUUCUGGCUCUCCCCAUCAAGCUGGCGGAGCUCGUGAAGAAGUUCUCUGAAGAAGCUGAGUCCUACCGUCAGGAGUGCGGUGAGGUUGCAAAGCGGGCUGACCUCCUCGCCCAGGCGCUCCGCCAGGCUGCCCGCCUCACCUCUGCCGGUGGUCCCCCCCUCUACGAACGCCCCCUCCGCCGAGUCAUUGAGGAGGCCACCAAAAACCUUGACCGGGCCCUCACCCUCACCAAAAAAUGCAGACGCAGCGGCGUCCUCAAGCGUGUCUUCACCAUCACAAAUGUUGCUGAUUUUCGCAAGGUCCAAACCCGUCUGGACAACUCUUAUGCCGACCUCAAAUGGGCCAUUGAUACCUCCUCCUCCUCCUCCUCCUCUGGCCUCACCCUGAGUUUUCCUCCAAUUGCAAGUGUUGACCCAAUAUUAUCAUGGGUUUGGAGCUAUGUCACUCUUGUGCACAGUGGCGGGACUCCUGAGGACAGGAUUGAGGGCGCCAAUGGCCUCGCAUCGCUCGCUGCUGACUCCAAUCGCAAUGGCCAACUCAUCAUUGAGGAGGGUGGCAUUCCCCCGCUGCUCCGCCAACUCAAGGAGGGGCCGAUGCCUGAGGCCCAGGUUGCCGCUGCAAAGGCACUUGUAAGCCUCACAUCGGAUUUUGAGCGCGUGAGUUUCAUCACUGCUCAUGGUGCCGUACCUCUCAUGGUGCAGCUCCUGUGGGAUGCCCCAACAUGCGUGCAGACAGAGGUGGCAAGGCUGGUUGCGAAGAUGGCAGCCCUCAAUCUUUUGGUGAGGGAGGACUUCACACAUGAGGAUGCAGUGCGGCCGCUUGUCUCACAGCUUGCAGCUGAGACCCUUGACGACUCAAAGACAUUGUUGCCGCCUCAUCCUCGGCCCAAUAACCUCCACAAUGUGGUUCAGUCGAGCAUUCGUGUAAACAAAUUACAAGGGGCUUCCUAUAGCCAUGGCUGUCGAAGUGAGGAUGAAGUUCUAGCGCUCCAUCAUCACAAGGAGAGGGAGAAGGAGAGUCCGGAAGUGAGGGCUGAGCUCACAGUACAGUGUGCCAGGGCAUUAUGGAUGCUAGCUCAAGGCAGUGAGUCGAAUAGUCGGAGGAUAAUUGAGACCAAAGGGCUCCUUCGAUUGGCGAAGAUCAUUGAGAAGGAGCAAGGUGACUUGCAGUACAAUUGCUUGAUGGCUGUGAUGGAGGUAACUUCAGUGGCAGAGUGGGUCCCUGAUCUGAGGAGGACAGCCUUUAGAACCAAUUCUCCUGCCGCAAGCGCGGUGAUUGAACAGUUGCUUAGAAUCAUAGAGCGGUGCAACAAUAGCCAAUCUCUGCAAAUACCUGCAAUUCGAGCAAUUGGGUCACUGGCACGCACCUUUUCAGCCAGAGAGACCUUUGUAAUUACCCCACUUGUGAAUAAGUUGGGUCAUCGCAAUGUGGAUGUGGCUACGGAAGCUGCGAUCGCCUUGGGUAAGUUUACAGAGCCCUGUAACUUCCUGUGUGUAGAUCAUUCGAAGACCAUAAUCGAGUUUGGUGGGGUGCCCAUUUUGAUCAGGCUAAUCAAGGCCGAUGAGAAGGCACAAUUGCAUGGCCUAGUUCUUCUCUCUUACUUGGCAAUUCAUGUAGCAAAGAGUGAGGCGUUGGGGCAAGCGAGGGCUCUGACUGCAUUCGAGCUUGCCAGUCGGACAGUGGCAGCACAACACCCGUCUUUGAAGGAAUUGUUGCCUAAGGCUAUGUAUCAGCUCGAGCUCUACCAGACAGGUGGCCACCCUCAUAACGAGCCAUAUGAUUUGUGAAUGACUGAGCAAUCCAUAGGUUAGGGCUUGUUUGUACACUGCUGGUUCGCGCAAUCCAAGGAGAGAAGUGAAUGGUCCCCUUCUAUGGAGGCUUUGGAGGGUCCUAGCCCUCAUUUGCGUUGAGGGCAUAUUUGCUCGAGGAGUGGCAAUAUUUCUGGCAAAUGGUUUGUCAUGGUAUACGGAGUCAUCCUGCGUUAUCACUGAUGUCUUGCACAAUACUCAGCUCUUCUCUUGACAGGCAUCUAUCCCAACAACUACAGUAAUCAAAGAUUACAUUGGUACUUUGUGUGAAGAUACUUGAUUUUCUUUUCUUUCCAGCUUUAACAGGAAGGGGAAGUAAAUGUUUUAUUUAAUUGUUCUGUUCGAGAUCAAACCAUUAACUGCAUUCUGGAGUACUCAUUGGAGUGUACAAUCUGCAAACCAUGUGACACUCAUUAGUAUUAGAGGAAGGGUCAAGGCAAGGGUGCGUAAAAUAUUGAAAGAAAACUUGAUAGGGAUUUAUUUACCAGCAUGCCAAACAUUGCAUAUGUGUUUCUUCUUUUGCUUGUAGCGUUCAUUUUCAAAAUUAUUUUAUCAAUAGCUGUACAUUAAAUCCUUUUUAAAUAGUAUUUAAAAUAGCUGAACUUUAAGUCUCUUUUUGUAGUAAUUUCUUGUGGAGUAGGGCACAUGGGAAGGACAUAUAGUGGUCGGGAAUUUGUGAAAGGGACCGCGGUUAUGCAAAAUUUGGGAUCUCACUACUUGAACCAGUUCUGAUUAUGUGUUCUGAUUAUGUUUUUAAUGAAAGGAAUCUGGUAGUUAAUGAUCCAAUGAAAUAUUAGAAUGUAUGAAGCAAACAUCAAACUUAGUUCUCUUCAUCAUAUGUGAGGAUACAAUCACGAUACAAUGAAAUAUUAGAAUAUAUGAACCAAACAUCAAACUUAGUUCUCUUUAAUCAUACGUGAGGAUACAAUCACAUUGAUUAGAAAGCCCAUAGUCAUAUCCAUAUUUUAGAAAUAUACUUUCUUAACCUACUGUAUGGAUUUCUAUCCUCAUGAGCCUCUAAUAUGAUUUGUGCUGAUCUUCAUGCGGUGCUUACAUGGGGAGCAUGUGGACCAGGCUUUGGAUGGGGCCGCCUAUUGAUCAUGAGUUGUGUAAGCAUGGUUGCAAGGAAGAUGUGCAAGCGAUGUAGCUCGAGAAAUGCAUCACACAAACUUGCAUCAUUUAGAAUCUUGGAUUGUUGAAUUUGUUGCAGCCAUGUUUGUCCUGCAUUUCCCUUUCCAAUUGCUCAAUUCUCAUACUCUUAUACAAUUUUUUUUCCUCUCUUUCACCUCUUGUUCAUUACAUUUACCCAAGGUAUCUUAUGUUAAUUUCCUUAAAUCUCAUUAUUUAAUUUUUACUUUUUUUUUUUUUUUCUUUUUUCGCUACUUUUCAAUAGUUUCAUUUGCUUCAAUUGUUCUCUAAAACCAUUGAAGGGCAAAGUGUCUCCUUUGCACUUUUGGUUAAGUUUUUAUUUGGUGUCCCAUGCAAAUUUUCCUCGAUCUUUCUAAUGGCUUUAAACUUUUGCUCACCAUUUUCAAUUUCAAUUGAUUGUAAGCCACUGUUUGAUGUGUCUGUUUUUAAAUAAUUAUUCAUGAGUUUAUAAUUUAUCGUCUGGAACUUCUAUUUGUUUUAUGCAUGGGAGCUGCAUGUUUGUUGAUCAGUUGGGGGAGGCGAAUAUGUGGCAUGUGCAACUGUCUUGAAUCUUUUGGAUUCAUUAAUUGACGUUCAUCUGCAUGACUUUAUGAAGUUUUUGUACUAGGAACUUGGUAUUGGUAUAAUUGAUUACAUUGAAUGAUACAAUAUAUACUACAUUAAUGACGAGUUUAGCAUAGGAUAUGGAAUGUACAAAGGAUUGAAAGGAGCAUUUAUCAUUUAUAGUUAUAUACUUCACAAUGCUAUUCCUUAAAUGUGAUGUAUAAUUAUUAUAAAUUUUGUAGUAUUUUUUUUUUAUAUUAUUAAAAUUUCAUUCUAUCUAUUAUUUUCUGAAACUUCCAGGUGGGUCAUUCUUAUCCAAGAACAAGCUUCCAGGAGAGUCAACCUCAAAACUACCGAUGACUUUGCACUCUAUGCUCUAGAUCCCUUCACAGAACUUGUUCCUUAGUAUUCAUUAUGAGAACUUCCUUGAUAUUCAUUGUGAGAAGCAUACUUUUUUUCUUUCACAGUUCAGUUUCCACAUAGUACUAUAAAUCAGGUACUGCCAACAGGCUCUUGGUCUUAUGACCUUGAUCCUGUGUUUGUUGGUAUGCUGCUAUGUGUCUUAUAGAUCUUGUUUGCUAUGUUUUGCGACUUCAUAUGUGGAUGUUGGGGCAAUCAGAAGGACUUGGUAACUUUGCUCUGUUUUCUUCUUUUUGAUGGAUAUCCUGCAGUGUUAACACUUUCCUGCUUGUGUAGGUUUGGUGUAGGGCCUAGGGAUGAGUGAAACAUGUGCGUUGUCUAUGUUUGGAGGUUAUUGUUGGGGGGAUCUAGAGUCUAGUGGAUACAUGCUACUUGUUUCUUUGGUUUUAAGUCAUCUUGAAUUUCUCUGGGUACUUUCAUACCUUUCUACUGGGUAUAUGCUUGUAUGUCCCUUGCUGAACUAUGCUGUGCUGAUGACUGUCUGUGUUGGAACCUACUCAGGAUUGCAGUAAAGUUCCUACAGUACGUACACAUCACCUAAGCCAUUGAUGUCAAAUGCAGACCGCAGGAGUAAUGUGAAGGUACUAUAGUAACCGUCACUGCAUCCACUGAAUAUAUUUCCAUAAGUAAAAGCAUGUCUCUGUGCUUUUGGGUCCUCAAACAGAAGCUACCACGCUUGUGGUCUUGUAGUAUCAAUUUGUUUGGGGCUUCUCUAUGCAAGCUGGCUACUGCUACUCAGUCAUACAGAUGAAACGAAUUCCUUCACUAUGGUGCAUGGUAUUUCUGUAAUUGUCUAUCAUAGAUUAAUCACAAUCCUAAACACUCUCUCUUCGAUUUAAUUGUGUAUCAUAGAUUGAUCACAAUCCUAAACAAUCUCACUUUGAUUAAGGAGAACCAUCAUGCUUGUUCCCAUUUACACUGAAGUUGUUGCACAUUUAUUACUGGACUCUCUUUACUAUGGUGAUGAGCUGUUGAAAAAAAAAAAAUCAGUCAUGGUACUGUAUUAUGGGCUAAGAACUUUAAAGUUUUUUAUUUGAUGUAUCAGGGAGUAAGCAUGAUGGGCACAGCAUGGGGUGCUGCCCUGUUUAUGCUUUCUGAGUGCAUUUUAUGCUUCAUAAGGUUCUAUAAACUGCUGCUUGCAUGCAGGUGCUUUCUUAAAGUGUCUUAUUUUCUCUCAAUAUCUGCUGCUCCACUGAAUUCCAUUAUUCUUUUAUUCAUUUGUUCUUUUGGGAUCGCAUACAAUGAGAGCAUUUACCUUUUGUAUAGGAAGGCCACAUUUAGUUGC